AUGCAGAUACGAUCAGAGUUCCCAAGUACCUUGAAGAAGAUCUUCCCCGUGAAAGGCGACGUGGGCCUGCCAGAACUAGGACUUUAUUCCGAAGACAAGGAUAUGCUUUUACAGAGUGUCAAUAUUGUGUUCCAUAGCGCGGCCACCGUACGUUUCGAUGAGCCGUUGAAAAUCGCCGUUAAUCUGAACAUGAUGGGCACCGAUCGUAUGUUGGACUUGUGCAGGCGCAUGACAAACCUUAUUAGCGUUAUUCAUGUCAGCACGGCCUAUAGUAAUGCUGAUCGACGGGAGAUUGAAGAAUCGAUUUACACUACGGAGGUGAAGCCGUAUACGGUGGUCGAUAUGUGUGAAAAUUUGGACGACGAGACGUUAAAAAUUAUAGAAAAGAGAUUGAUCGGGAAACAUCCUAACACGUACACGUUUACUAAGAAUUUAGCGGAGCAAAUCGUGAUGACUAAAGGAAAAGGUCUACCGAUCGUGGUUGUACGGCCGAGUAUAAUCGGCGCGGCAAACCAAGAACCAUUUCCCGGAUGGAUUGACAACAUCAAUGGUGUUACAGGUAUAAUGACGGCGAUUGCUCAAGGUACUAUUAGAAGUAUCGUGUCUAACGCAAAUUUAAUGAUAGAUAUUGUACCCGUUGAUUUCGUUGUUAAUACGAUGUUAUGCGCAUGUUGGUAUAAUUUUGUGCAACGUACCAAUACGCUAAAGGUUUAUAAUUGUAUCAGCAGCACAGUGCAUCCUAUUACAUGGAAUGAAUUUGGAUACUUUAUAAAAAAGUACUGUACAGAAGUUCCAUCAAAACACGUGAUGUGGUAUCCAGAUUUCACAUUAAGGACAAACAAAUUUAUUCACGCCAUCGUUAGGGCUACAUUGCACUUUCUACCUGCAUACAUCCUAGAUUUUAUAUUAAAAGUCCGAGGCUACAAACCCAUAAUGCUGAAGAUAAUCAAACGGAUCGACCUCUCCGCCCAAACCGGAGAAUUCUUUUCGACAAAUGAAUGGAAAUGGAAUAUCAGCAACAUGACGACAUUAAUGAAAGUUGUAAGCGAGCAGGAAAUUAGUAGAAACUUUGAAGUCAACAUACAAAAUGUGGAUUGGGACAUGUACUUACAACGGUACAUAUUAGGAAUCCGUAAAUACAUCUUGAAAGAAAAUCUGGACACUUUACCUUAUGCUCGAAGUCGAUUAAACAAGUUGUACUGGAUGCACCAGUUCACCAAAACACUCAGUAUCGCAGCGUUAUUAGGAGUUAUCAAAUACACAUGUCGGUAAUAUAUCAUCGAGUCUGAAUCGCGAUCCGCACGAUCCAUGAAACCACAGAAAAUACAGUGAAAGGAAAUAUUACGAGAAGGAGCAGUGAAACUUACGCUUCGAUCAAAAAUUAAAACCUGGACACCUUGUCAAAUACUAAUAUAUUAACUAAAUCCAAUAUUAUAAAAUGUUUAAGGAAAAAAAAUAUUUUAAGAAAUAUAUUGAACGCGAAGAAUAAAACUUGAUAACCUUAUCGCUGUUAAAUAAGAAAAGCAAUGAGAAGAAUUGAAUACGAUAAUGUACAUAGCUUACGUCAGCGAUUCGGAUAGGUACGUGGCUUAUUGUUAGAAUAUGUUGUAAAUGCGAAUAGAAUUAAGAGUAGGACAAUUUUAGAUUUGUAAGAUAUGUGAAAACGAUUACGCAAAGCAGAUUUGAGAUUCUUUAGUAUUUAAGUAAGUUGUUAUAUUUUUAGUUAUUAGUAUUAUAAGUUAUUAUAUUUUUUUAAAUUACUAUAAUUGUUAUAUUUUUUUAGACAUUUAGCAGCGCCAAGUUUUUGUAAAUAAAAAAUUUUUUAUUUUAAUAAAAUUUUUGCAGUUUAAAUGCAAUUCAAAAAAAUAUUUUCUCCAGCUCUUUUUCUUCUCACGAAAUAUUUAUGAUAUUUUAUUUAUUGGCUAAUACUACGAGAUAAGAUUUUCGACAAAAAGAUAAAUAUGAUGC